CACACACACACACACACACACACACACAUAUAUAUAUAUAUGGACGACGACUGGCGACUUUGCGUCUCGCGGGUCUGUUGCUUCUGAUCCAGCAGAAUCCGGGGCGAAUCGUGCGCGCGUACAUCAGGCUGGGAAAGAAACAAGGAGGUAGGACACGGUGGUCAACAGAAGAGAGGCAGAUUUCGCAGCGUGAAAUUGAGCCGAGAGAGAGAGAGAGAGAGAGAGAGAGAGAAAGAGAGAAAGAGAGAAUAAAAGAGAUAGCACGAGUACAACGAGAGUAAGUAAGAGAGAAUAAGAGAGAUGUCCUCGAUGCCCAACGAUGCCGCAUCAGGGCACAACCGAGCUGCUGAAGCUUAGUGCGUGCAAGGUGUACGCGCAGGGACACGCUGCAGGUCCACGAAGGCUGUCACGUGCCCCUGAUAGAACGAAAACGAUGCCAUUGCCGUGCUCGAGGCACGUACGUUCAGGUGGACCCUGAGAAAGAGAAGGCCUCACGCUCGGGUCGAAAGUUUACAGUACGCGGAAACGUAACGUAACGUAAAGUAAGAAACCUCACAGUGCCUACGGGAUCCAGCUGCUCCGUUUCUGUUGGACGCGUUUGCAGCCACGUGCGAGGACAACCGAAUAGCGAGGAGGUGGAGGAGGCGGAGAAGAAGCCGGUGGUGGCGGAGGUGGUGGUGAUUGAGGAAGGAGCGAGCUGCUCCGGAUCCUCAAUCGUGCAAACAUGAGACGUUGGACUCUCAUGGCGGCUAUAGCCCUGGCUGCAUCGGGGCUGGUAAACGGCGGUUCACACGAGAAACGACUGCUAAACGACCUGCUGGAUACGUACAACGUGCUGGAGCGUCCGGUUGGCAAUGAGUCCGAGCCCCUCGUGUUGAGCUUUGGCCUUACACUAAUGCAAAUAAUCGACGUUGUAAGUUUUCAACAGCAACUUCAAAAGUUCCUCUGUACAGAACGCAUAAAAGACCUUCUCUCUAACGUAACACGCACACCGCACACAGUACCGACAAGUCUCAGCCGUAGUGGAUUUCGAGCUAUGAUCGCAUCGAUCAUUCUCGACAGCGAGAAUCAAGCUCUCAGUCAAUUUCGAUACUCUCCGGUUGAUAGUUCUCCGAAGUAUCAAAAUGUCGAGUAG